AUGGAAGACCAGCAUGAUGAUGGAAAAGCCAUGGAAUUAGAAAGUCCAGCAGUACCAUCAGCUAUUGAUACAUAUGAAAACAUUCCAGCGACUGUAUUUUAUAGAAGCUUUGGAAUCAAGAGAGCUUCGCCCGUAGAUAUCAGAACAAACGCAGAUUCAGUUGAUAACAAUCUUAUGCCUGUUACAAAAUCUAAGAAAGGUGCUAACUUUGGUUGGUUUGAUGGAGUUUAUCUUAGAUGCGUUCUCAAUAUCAUAUCAGUUGUUUAUUAUCUACGUCUUGGCUGGGUCGUUGGAAACUGUGGAUUAUUACUCACAUACGUAAUGAUCAUUGUUUCCGCUCUUGCUGAUAUUUUCACAACUUUGUCAUUGUCUGCUAUAGUAACAAAUGGUACAAUCAAAGGUGGCGGCGUUUACUAUUGUAUAUCAAGAUCAUUAGGCCCUGAUUUUGGUGGUACCAUUGGUGUUGUCUUUUCUUUGGCAACUUUAUUUACCGUCAUAUUAAAUGUCUUCGGUUUCGAGGAAACACUCGAAAUGAUUCUGCCGCAUCCUAUUACAACAGAUGGAAAAUGGGAUAUAGAGAUCAUAGGCAUCGCUCUAGCCACGUUCGCAUUUAUUUUAAUUUGCAUUUCAUUGGCUUUCGAGUCAGUAAUGCAAUGGUGUCUUUUCAUUGUGAUCAUAAUAUCAGUUGUACUGGUAUUCAUCGGCUUUGCUAUACCAAAAACACCAUCAUGGAAAGUAUCGAACAUCAAAGCUAACCUAUAUCCUAAAUACCAGAAAGGAGAAUCAUUCUUUACUAUAUUUGCUGUCUAUUUCCCUGCAUGCACUGGUAUUAUGGCAGGUGCAAACAUAUCUGGAGAUCUUAAAGAUCCAAAUCACGCAAUUCCUUUGGGAACAUUACUCGCUAUCAUUACUACAACAGUUGUUUACUUGAUUACUGCUACAAUCUUAGCUUCAGCAGCUGAUCAAAGUACACUUGUAAAUAAUUACGGACUUUUGGCAGAAGUUAGUGCAUGGAAGUGGAUUAUUUACAUUGGUUUGCUCUGUGCCUCAUUCAGCUCUGUCUCUUCUGCAAUGGUUGGAGCUCCAAAAACAUUCCAGGCUCUUUGCAAAGAUAAAAUCUUGCCCAAAAUUUUUGACAUCUUUGCUUGGGGAAAGAAGAAAUCUGGUGAUCCAAUAUGGGGUUUCUUACUUGCAUACAUCCUUACUGUUAUUAGUACAUUUGUGUUCAAGAAUUUGAAUGCAAUUGGUCCAGUUAUUUCCUCAUUAUUCUUAAUUUCAUACGGUAUUGUUUCAUUUUCAAGUUUAGUUUGCAAACUAUCCCAUGCACCAUCAUGGAGACCAAGUUGGAAGUAUUAUCAUCCAAUAACUGCUGUUCUUGGAGCAAUUAUGUGCUUCGCAUCAGUUUUCUUGAUCAAUUGGAUCAUUUGUUUGGUUUCUUUUAUUGUUGUUGGCAUUAUUUUCGGAUACUUCCAUUGGCAUGAUAGUUCUAACUCCAAAUGGGGAGAAUAUCCACAAUCAAUUUUAUUCUCUGAUACAAUCAGUCGUAUUGACAAACUUAAUCAGUUUGCACCACAUGUUAAGAACUAUAGACCUAUAUUUGAGUUCUUAAUUGAAAGAGAUGGUACUGAAAAGAAACAAUUACAAAAUGCUUUGCCAUUUAAUGAUGCUGCAGAAGUUUCAUCAUCAAUAUUGUUCUUAUCAUCAUAUGGUGUUGAUAAUCCUCAGGAAAUUACUAAGCCUGAUUUCUUUGCAGCAACAGUUUUAUUCAAGAAUUGGAGAACAAUUGGAAUUGAGAAGAUUCCUGCUCUUAUAUCAUCAACAGGUGUAGGAAAGAUUACUUCAAAUGUCCUUUGUACAAGCAUAACUCAAAAAUUCCUGAAAAAUCCGAAAAGUUUCGAAUUUGUCGGUUCAGCUUUCGAUUCAUACCUUGGUGUUUGUCUUGCAAGAAACUUUGAAACAGUUGAUCAGAGUUUAGAACAAACUUGGCCAAUUGAUGUUUGGUGGCUUGUAGAUGAUGGUGGUCUUACAGUACUUCUUGGAUUUUUGAUUCAAAUGCAGGAAUCAUGGAAGAAUUGUCCAUUGAGAGUACUUUCUGUAACAGAAAGAACAGAAUCUCUUAAUGAAAUUCAAGUGAAGAUCACCAAACUUAUGCACUUGUUCAGAAUCAAUGCAGAAGUUAUCGUUCUGAAUGGUAUUGAAGAUAAGCCAAGCCAAGAAAGCAUGGAUAAAUGGAAAGCUUUGAAUAUUAAUAAUUGCGAUGAAAUGACAAUGAAGAAAGUAGAGACAUUUUUAAGGCUAAGAGAUCUUAUUUUCAAAACAAGUGCCCAGAGCUCAAUGAUUCUUUGUUCGAUGCCAAUUCCAAGAGCCACUCAAGAUCCAAAUGUUUGGCUUGGAACAAUUGAUGUUGUUUCCGAAUCAAUGCCACCUUUCAUAUGGGUUCAUGGUAAUGGAGAAAAUGUUGUUACUUAUUCCGCUUAA